AUGCUCAAAAAAUAUCUCUCGUCAUAUUAUUCUAACGAAUAAAUAAGAUCAAAGAAAAUCAAUCUUAAACCGAAAUUAGAUUUUUAAGGAUUUACUAAAGCAAGUAUUAUUAUUGUAAUACAAUAGAAUUCAUUAAUUAAGAUUUAACCUAAAGAACUAUUGAUUAUAGUUCUCCAAAAAUUAAACUUAAUUUAGGUUCAAUUGAAAAUCAAAAUCACAAAAUUAUAAAGCCUUAAAGUAAGUAAACCAAUCUAAGUCUGUAUGCACAAUAAAUAUUAUCUAGUAAUUAAGUAAAUUCAUCUUAGAGAAUAAUAAUCAAUCAUCAAUUGACAAUACUCCUAAGAAAGGAUUAGAUCUACUUAUCACUAAAAGAGAUGAAGCAUAUAAAUAUAGAUCUGUUUCAUAAACUUAAAGAAAUCAAUUAAUUAAACGAUAAUCCAGUGAAGAGAAAUGUAAAUCAAGUGAAAGAAUUAAAGUUAUUGAUGUAUUUAAUUAAAGUCCAAAACAUCAUAAAUAAUCAAGUUCUUAUUAAACCUAUAUAACAAGCAAAGAAAUUAUAAAAGUUAAAUUAAAAUAGCAAUAGUAAAACCAAUAAAAUAAAGAAGCUAAAAUCUCAAUCCAUAUCGUAAAAUAUUUUUUAAUAUUUUAGAAUAAUGCUUAAUAAUAAUAAUAAUGUAUUAAAUAACCAAUUUCUAGUAGACUUAAUGAUUCUAGAGAUAUAUUGUCAUAAAUGAGACGAAACUCAAUUAAUACAUAAAAGAUUAAUCCAGACAAAGAAGCAGUUAUAACACAAAAAAAGAAAUAUUUUUUUAACUCUCCUCAAAAUAAUGAUUCUAUGGGUUUUGAACAUGAUAGCAAGAGCAAUCUUUAAGUUGCACGUAAUCUUAAAAUUGAACUUGAUAAAGUUGAAAACGAAAACAUUCUCGAAUUAUUGUUACUCUCUACAUAAGAAUUAAAUAAUAAAUUUAAGAGGAGUUAACUAAUUCGAAAUGAAUCUGAAGAAAAAAUACCUAUAAAAAUCAGAGUUAGAGCAGGCAAUAAAUUUCCUAAAGACUUUUUUUAAUGA